UACCUAGAUAAGAUUUUUAAUAGUUAUCUCACCCACUCAUUCUGCUGAAAUUCUUCGGUUCCGCAGACCGUUUUUCGGAUAGGCUGAGAAAUUUCUCCGAGGUUCAACGGCCAUCAUCUUUGAACAAAACGAAUAUCCCGGUGAUGUAAUCAUGAGAAUUGAUCCCCACAUGAAUUCGCAAUGCCUUAGGAUGAUUAUUCGGACCCCUUCCUUGCCACUUAGGAUGUCUUCUGAUUUAUCCGAAGCUGAUAUAACCGCGCUCGUGUACGAAGAUGAAACUUACCCUGAACAAGUGUGGUAUACUAUCGCUGCGUUUCUCUUCGUAGUCGGCUGCUUCCAGUGGGGGUCACUCGUUCACUCCAAAUUCGCCAGGCGCAGACGCUACGAGUCCGACGAGGAAAACGGCCACCACCAAUGGCAUUCAAUACAAAUUUCUCUCCGUCGCAUCCCACUCGCAAUCAUAAAUUUCUAUCGCGUUGUUGCCUUCCGGUGGACCCUAGAAAUAGGACAAUCUUAUACCUUAACAUGGCAGAGGUUUUUGUGACUGUGGCAUAUAUCGCCCUUUUGUUGAUCUACGCCUUCAUCAACAGUAAGCUCACAUGAUUGUGUACGGUCCCACUCCCAC